AUGACAACAGACAAAUUGAUUUUUCCACCUUAUGUUGAGGAUCUCGAACCUCGAAACUUUAUGGAAGAAGAUUGGGUAGAAGCAAUUAAUGUUUGGAACACAAAUCUAUCAUUGCUUCUCAGGUUCCAAGAUACAAUGUUUCAAAAACAAAUAUUACAGAAUAAUUCUCUUCACAAGUUUCUUGAAACUUUUCUUGGAACUCAUGCUAGAUCUCGUGACGUUAAAUACGAUGAAUUUAGCAAUAAAGAAUUAGAAAAAAAAGUAUUGAAUGUUUUGCUGCGUGCUUCAGAAUCAAAAGUUUCUUCGAGUAAGUCCAGGAAUUCAACAUCUUUAAUGGGAGAAAUUUAUCGUAAAAAUUGGAUCUCUGUACCAUUUUUACUUGAUUUAGUUGCAACCUAUGGAAAAUCCAAUUUUACUUGUACCAAAAAAAUUUUGGACAAUAUAAUGGAUUCGGUUCCGGAAUUGACGAAAGACUUCGAAUUGCAUUCAAUUACUUUGUACAAUUUUAUUAAGGCAAUCCAAGAUAAGUUUAAAGAAUUGAACGAGAAAGUUCGCAUGAGUGAGAAUGUUAAUUGUGAUUCAAUAAUAUCAGAUGCAAAGAUUUAUUUGAGUUAUAUUUUAGACUUAUCUAUCACUUUAGAUUGUUUGUUUACUGUUUCGAAAUCUAUAGCAUACAUAUUCAGCAAAAACGGAUAUUCGGAUGAAGAAGAUUUUUUAAUGACAAUAAACAUAUUUUAUGAUGACAUAAUACCCUUAAUAUUAGAUAUAUUUAUUUCUCAAGAAAUAUAUCGUGAUUUUAACAUAUUAAAACAUGCUCUGAUUUCAUUAGCGUAUCAUACUUUAGAUGCAUGUUAUUUUAGCCCUUUAGGAUUUACAUCCAGUGAAGAAGAUAUUUUUAUGUUUACAAAGUCUGAUGAAAAGUUGGGAGAUUUGAAUGAAACUUUAAAUAGGAUGAUUAGUGGAUUUAUGUUUAUGAUUAAUUAUUCACCAUUAGAGAAACCCGUACAAUAUCUUAUUGAUGCCCCUCUACUUUUGGAUGUGGAAAUCGAAUUCGAUUUAAUUGGAAAAUUAACCAAAAUAAAAAAUGAAAUUUAUGCUGAAAUUGAUUAUAUAAUAAUGUCCUUGGAAUCUAUGCAAAAUAUGAAUCAAGAAACUGAUAAGGCACCGUGGCGUAUGCGAUUAGAUCAAAAGCAAAAGCGGCAUAUGUCGCCUGUAUCUAAUGGUUUUAAUGGAAGAAAAACCAAAAUUGUUGAUUCUACUAUCAAGUCUAAUGGAAUCAAUGAGGAUGAAAUGCACUUAAUAUCGCAAGUACAAGAAGUGUUCCCUGAUCUUGGAGAAGGCUUUAUUGAGAAAUGUUUGACUGCAUUUGAUAAUAAUGUAGAAACUGUUAUAGAUCGAUUAUUGUCAAUGAAACUUCCAGAACAUCUAGCAUCAUUGGACCGUAAUAUGGCACUUCAGGAAGCAGUUGAAUACAAAAAUGGUGAUGACUUACUUUCUCAACGUAAGAACAUAUUUGAUAAUGAUGAAUUCGAUGCGUUUUCAGGAAAAAAUCUUGAUGUAUCUAGAAUGCAUAAAGGAAAGAUGAAUCGUGGUACGGUUGAUAAAUUGUUGGAUGAUAAAUCAUUUGUUGAAACUCAUAAAGAAUCAAUAAUUGAUAUUGAUCCUGGUAUUAUGUACGAAGAGGAACUUAUCAAAAGGUUUCAAUCAGAUCCGUCAGUAUUUGAUAGGACGAGCGUUGUACGAAAGUCAGGUAAACGCGCUCAACUUAGGAGAAUUACACAAAUGACUGAUGAACAAAUAGAGGGAUGGUAUAUCAUGUUCCAGAGAAACUGGAAAGGCAAUCGUGAAGAACCUUUUAAUGAUUCUGGCGAAAUUUCUUCUAGCACUUCCCAUCAGCAUGAAAAUCAAAAUAGGGGUAGACAUAAUAUGGGAAGGGGAGGAUAUAAACAAAUUAGAGGAGGUAGAGAUAAUAGAGGUAGAGGAUGGACCAGGGGAAAUAGAGGAAAAGGCGGAGCACGUGAACAUUUUGUUGACACUAAUGAUACUAAUGAUGCAAAUAGCGCAAGUGGUGCUAAAGAUGUUAAAGACGCAAAUGGUGUAAAUGAUUCCAAUCGUAUUAAUGACGCAAAAGGUGCAGAUGGUGAUUCUGUUGCUUCUGGUGCUUUCUCAACACACGGUCAACGGUUUCAUGGAAAAAAACACGUUAAUCAUGAUCGAAAGAAUGCUCGUCAAAAGAAAAUGGAUCGAGGUUUUCACUGA